UAAAUGUCAUAGCGCUAGAUUUGAUUUAUCUAGCGAGUAUCGAGAAAUUCAUUCUUGAAAGCUUCCAACGGCACAAAGCUCUAGGACAUCUGCAGCGAGAGCCAGCAUUUAGCGAUCCACCAUGGCAGACGAUAAUCUGUCAGAUGAGCAACUUCAGCAAUUGCUCAAGGAUGCCGAACAGCGGCUGAGAUCCAAAAGCAAGAAGCAGAAUAAACCAUCUGAAAUUUCCGCCCUGUCCCACAGUAUCCCUCGAAUUGCGUCUGAUACGAAAAUCGACUCCUACAUCAAGAGCACUCAGCAUGGCCCCCAAAUUGAUGUGUCUCACCUCGUCAGCGAACAUGAGCGCAAGCUGGCCAACUCGUUUCGUGUGGUGGAAGAUCCUAUAACAGUGAAGAAAAGGGGAGACGAGGAAAAGAAAGCCACUGCUGGUGCAGACUGGUACAAUCUGCCUCGAACGAAUCUGACUCCAGAACUCAAGCGCGACUUACAACUUCUGCGUAUGCGCGACGUCCUGGACCCAAAGAGACACUACAAGAAAGAGAGCGGGAAGCCACAGGUACCGGAGUUUUCACAAGUCGGCACAAUCAUUGAAGGACCUACCGAGUACUUCAGCGCAAGACUCACGAACAAGGACCGAAAGAGAACUCUGGUCGAGGAAGUCUUGGCUGGCGAGGUCACGACUGGACGCUUCAAGGCGAAAUAUAAUGAAAUUCAGGCUGCUAAAACCAGCGGCAAGAAGGCUCACUAUAAGAAGCUGAUGGCCAUGCGCAAAGGAGGUCGGGUAUCGAAAACUUGAUCAGCCAAUAUACGCCCCCAGACCCAACGCCAACGCUAUGUGCCCAUAUCCCGCAAUAUAUGCAACGCCGAACCAUAUACUUGCAAACGCGCUACCUUGUCAUCUCAAUCUCGAUGAUCUUGACGAUCAAAUUCUGUUCAAGUCGAUAAUCAGCAUUGUUAUAUUAUGAGUCAAAUCGACUUACCUUGAUCUUGUCGAC